AACCAACACACACAAACAAAUCGCAAAAAUGGCCGAUAAAAAGAUUGCUGAACAAUAUUAUGCGCCACCACCCAAAAUGGGCAAAUGGGAAGGCUUCAAGAAAUUUCUGUGGAACAGUGAUACUAGCCAAUGUCUGGGCCGAACAGGUGGCAGUUGGGCGAAAAUUCUGAUAUUUUAUGUUAUAUUCUAUGCGGCAUUAACUGGAUUCUUUGCUGCCAUGUUAGCUGUAUUUUAUCAAACUUUGGAAGUAGACAAACCCAAAUGGACACUGGAUAAUGGUUUAAUCGGAUCAAAUCCUGGUCUUGGUUUUCGGCCAAUGCCCCCAGAGGUCAAUGUCGAAAGUACUUUAGUGUGGUAUGAAUCCUCCAGGCCUGACAACUACAAAUACUGGGUUGAGGAAACUGCCAGAUUUUUAAAAGCCUAUGAUGAUUUACCCAAAGGCAACCAAGUAAACUGCUCAUUUGAAAAUCCACCACCACCUGGCAAAGUUUGUGGCAUUGAUCGUGCUCAAUUUGCUCCCUGCACUGAGGAAAAUAACUUUGGCUACAAUCUUGCCAGACCCUGUAUAUUCCUCAAGUUGAACAAGAUCUACAACUGGGUUCCUGAAAUUUACAACGACACAAAGACAGUACCCGAACACAUGCCAGCUGAGUUGAAACGACACAUCACAGAAAAGAAUAGUUUGAGACCACAUGAGACCAACGUUGUCUGGGUAUCCUGCGAAGGUGAAAAUCCUGCUGAUGUUGAAAAUAUUAAAGCCCGUGACUAUUAUCCACGCAUGGGUUUCCCAUGGUUCUAUUUCCCAUUCAAAAAUAUUGAAGGUUAUGUACCACCCAUUGUUGCUGUGCAAUUUACUGUCGAAACUGGUGUCUUAAUCAAUAUUGAAUGCAAAGCCUGGGCUCGUAACAUCCAUCACGAUCGUUCAGAAAGGAGAGGAUCCGUCCACUUCGAGUUGAUGGUUGAUUAAGAACAAACAACAACUAAUCAAGAUAAUCUGCAAUUGCUACAGCAACAACAACAACAAAAACUGCAUACAGAACAGCAACAAGAACAGCAUAAAGAGCAUCAGAAGCAGCAACAGCAGAAUAGCAACAAUGAAAUAAAUAAUACUACAACAACAUCAACCAGAACAACAAAAACAGCAGCAGCAGCAACAACAACAGCAAAUAUGGAAGGUUUUUAAGUAAUACAAAAAAAGAAGAAAAAACACAAAUAACAAAAAAAAAAUUAGAACAAAAAACCAACUGUAAGAAAUUUAAAACAAAAACAAAAAAAUUCUAAACCCUAAACGCAAAGCAUUAUUUCAAAUCCAAAAAAUAAUGCAACGAAAAUAAAUGGAAUAAAA